CACACACCAGCGGCCAAUCACAGGCCCCACGCUUCACAGGCCGAGGAAGGACUCCUUCCCCGGGCCAAUCUCGUCAUCACGGCUAAUUGGCUUUCUCCACUCCAGCCUUGCAGGGAGCAAGGGGCGAGGUGGGCUGAGCCUCUGACCGGCACCCGCUGCUCCCUGGGCUGUGCUGCUGCGCGAGGAGCAAGGCCCACGGCACCCAGAGCAGAUGACCGGAGGGGGGUCCGAGCAGCACCUCCAGGCUCUCUCUUGGGGAACCUGGGGCCCCCAGGGCAGAAGAGGGAUGGUGCCAGCCUCUUGCAAGGCCCAGGUCUGCUGCUGCUGCGGCCCGGCGCCCUGCGGCUUGUGCUGCCCCGGCUGCCCCAGCAUCAGGGUCUCCACCGGCACCCGGCUCCUGUACAUGCUCUUCCACGUCCUGGCCUGUGCCAGCUGCUGCCUCAUGCUCUCCCACACCGUGGCCCGGUUCAUCAAGGAGAAUGUGCCUUUUUACGCAGUGCUGUGUGAACGUCUUCCCGGCAGUGACAGCUGUGACUUCCUGGUGGGCUACUCGGCCGUCUACCGCGUCUGCUUCGGCAUGGCCUGCUUCUACCUCGCUCAGGCCAUCUUCCUCAUCAACGUCAAGUCCAGCAACAAUGCCCGGGCCCACCUGCACAACGGCUUCUGGUUCCUGAAAUUCCUGGUCCUGGUGGGCCUCUGCGCCGUCGCCUUCUUCUUCCCGGACCAGCGCUUUAUCCCAGUUUGGCACUCGGUGGGCGUCUGCGGAGGCUUCACCUUCAUCCUGGUCCAGUUGGUGCUGAUCACCGCCUUUGCCCACACCUGGAACAAGAACUGGCUCACAGGCGUCUCCCAAGACAAGCGCUGGUAUUUGGCCAUCAUCCUGGCUACACUGGGCUUUUACACCGUGGCUUCUACGGCUUACACUUUCCUGUUCAAAUUCUACACCCACCCGGGCGGCUGCUUCCUCAACAAGGGGCUGCUGGCCUUCAACGGGGGGCUCUGCCUGCUGAUGUCCUUCACCUCCGUCGUGCCCUGCGUCCGCUUCCGACAGCCCAGCUCCAGCCCCCUGCAAGCCUCCAUCAUCUGCUGCUACGUCAUGUACCUGACCUUCUCAGCCCUGUCCAGUCGACCGCCAGAGAAAGUGCAAUACAAGGGGCAAAAUCUCACCAUUUGCUUCCCCAGCAUCAGCAGAGACGGGAUGCAGACAGAAGACACCACGGUGGCCGUCCUGGGGGCUGCUGUCAUGUAUGCCUGCGUCCUCUUUGCCUGCAACGAAGCGUCUCUGCUGGCAGAGUUGUUCGGGCCUCUGUGGAUGAUCAAGAUCUACAGCUUUGAGUUCAAGAAACCCUCCUGCUUCUUCUGUUGCCCAGAGAAGUUGGAAGAGGAGCUGGCGGGAGGGCAGAGAUGCCACCCAGAGGGGGCCCGGGCAGGGCAGCAGAUUGUCCCCAACGAGCACGAGCACGUUGUCUACAGCUACUCCGCUUUCCACUUUGUCUUCUUCCUGGCCUCCUUGUACAUUAUGAUGACCCUCACCAACUGGUUCAGCUACGAGAACUCUGAGCUGGAGACCACCUUCACCCACGGCAGCUGGUCCACCUUCUGGGUCAAGGUGGCCUCCGCCUGGGCCUGCGUCCUCUUGUACUUCGGGCUCCUCCUCGGCCCCCUGUGCCUACCGGACUCACGGCGGCGCAACGGCCCGUCCGUCCUGCGCGUUAUACGGCGGCGAAGGCGCGCUCUGCACCGUGUCAGCGUGGCUACGUAGUAGUCCUGGGCUGCAGACUCCACUGCUGUCACUGCGGCUUGGCUCAGAUCCCGCUCGGGGCGCCUCCCGAGGAGAGGCCUGUGCGGGCCAAGGGCGGCUGACCCUCCUGCGCCCAGGGGGCCUGCCUGGAGCCCACCGAGGGCCUGAGGCCAGCCCCGAGCAGGCGGACGAGGAAGGCUGGGGUGCUCCCACCCCCACCGCGGGUGACUGCCAAGGCCCUGCUGACUGGGGCAGAGCUGAAGGGUGCUCUGGGGGAACCCCGCUCUGUGGCAUGGGGCCACAGAACUUAGGGGGCAGGCUUGGGGUUGCGCCCAGACUUCUGUGCCUUUGUGUGUAUGAGCAGAGGUGUGGGGAGAGAGGUGGGCGUGGCUUGGAAAGGAGGUGGAGCUGAAGUCUCCAUCUCAGAAUGAGACAGAAAAAGACUGUUUUC